AUGUUUUUAGGAAUAAAAACUAGUGAAAAAGGAAUAGAACCAGAUUUGGGAAGAAUAUUAGAAAUAGAAGAUAAAACACCUACAACGAAAAGAAAAUUAAGAAGUUUUUUAGGUUUUGCAAAUAGGUAUAGACAAUUUGUCCCUAAAAUCAGUGAACUUACCUGUAAAUUAAAAAAUAAGAUUAAAAAGAAAAAUAAAGAAUUUCAUUGGAAUAUUGAAUAUGAAGAUAGAAAAGUAAAAAUAAUCGAUGCGAUAAAGAAAUUUACUAAAUUGUAG